CCCUGGGAUCUCCUGAGAUCUUGGGAAUUUUUCUGAGGAUUUGGGGAUGAGAAAGGAGAUGACUGUGCAGCUUUUUAUUAGACUACUCUUUGUUUACUGUGAUGAAAAGGGAGAGGGAGGGAAGGUGCAGGGGCAAGUUUUGGUGAAGUCGUUUGAGGCAUCCCUCAGCAAUGGUGGGAUACAACCCCAGCAAGUCCAAUUAAUCCCUGCAAGUUUGGAGCCAGCACUUUCCUUCUGCCCUAGGGUAUCAGGCUGAUUUUGCUUGCCAUGCUGCAUAUUUCCCCCUCACAUCUGUUUCUUCCCUCCUCUAACCCAACCCAAACAAUAUGAGGUUUUGUCUGCUCUUGGCAUCCAGCAGCAGUUUCUCAAGCCCCUUAGCCCUUAUUUUGUGUGCGUGCCCUGGACUUAACCAGAACAUUCCUGCCAGAGGUUAAGCCCAGGCAGGGAUAAUCCAAGAAAUAUUUUUGCCUCCAGAUCCAAGUGACCAUGAUGAUAACAGGCUCAUAGAUACCAUUUGCAGCUCCACACUGGCCCUUCUCCUGCCUCUUAUCUCUCUCCCAGGCAGGCAGACCUUAGAGAUAGGACAGAGAUCCCAGCUGCAAACCAAGAGGAUUAGGGCAGUGAAAUGCCUGUGUUCCUGGCUUGGCUGAGCUGAACCAUUUAUCUUCUGUGUUACAAUGAGGCGGCUUUCUAGGGCAUUGUGGGCGUGGAUGCUGUGCCAUCCUGCCAUCACUGUCCUUGCAAUGCUGUCAUUUUGAGCUGGCAAAGCCUCCCACCCACAUGAGACCAAAGCCAAGAGCAGCUGCGGAGUGAGCCCUGCUACACCAGAGGGGUAUGGGGAAAGCAGUGACCAUCGCAUGAAAGCAGAACUGGAGAUAGUUGCUGGAGCUGGAAAUGGGAUCUUUGGACUGAAGGACUAAAGGGUGCUGGGAAGAGGGGACAUUAGAGCACCACAGUGCCCACAGCAUAGCAGCGCUCCUGGGGAGAAAACCAGGAAAAUUAAUGCCUGGGCAAUGAUAUCCCUCAGGAAAUGGGAGCCAAGCACUGGCUUUGGCAAGGGUGAGAGGGGAGGAGAAUUGAUCUUUUUCUUCGCCUCUGAAAACUGCCCUUUUUUCCCUUUCUCUUCUCAGACAGUGAGACCUUUGCUGUGGCACCUGACCCACGGUGAGAGGGCUUGUCCCCCCUCCUCAUGUGGUUAGUUUCUUUCCUGAUUAAAAGUGAUUAGGUAGCCCUAAAGCCUGCAGAAAUGUGACCGAGGGGAACGGAGACAAAGAGUCCCUUCAAGAUAUCUUAAAUCCCCAGGGCAGUAUUUAGAGAGCCCUGAGGAGAGAACUGGAGCUGAAAGACCCUGCCAGGACCUCCCUGUCCUUCUUCCUCCUGCUGCACCCUUCGUUGCCAGCGUCUCCUCCACCAUGUCGUUCUCCGAAGCAGAAGUGCAAAGUGCCCGCGGUGCCUGGGAGAAGAUGUAUGUGGAUGCUGAGGACAACGGGACAACUGUGCUGGUGAGGAUGUUUACUGAGCACCCUGACACCAAGUCCUACUUCACACAUUUCAAAGGCAUGGACUCUGCUGAAGAGAUGAAACAGUCGGACCAAGUCAGGGGCCAUGGCAAGAAGGUUUUCACUGCCAUCAACAACAUGGUGCAACACCUGGACAAUUCUGAGGCUUUUCUUGGGAUAGUGAACCCACUCGGCAAGAAACAUGCCACUCAGCUGAAGAUUGACCCCAAAAACUUUAGGAUUAUCUGUGACAUUAUCUUACAACUGAUGGAGGAGAAAUUUGGUGGAGACUGCAAAGCUUCCUUUGAGAAGGCAUGAACAUCUCCAGGCCAUGGAUUUCACAGCGUAACUCCCAGCAAAUUACUCUGGCUGUGUUCCCUGGUGAGGGCAAUAGCACCGAGCUCACUGGCUCCUGUGCUACUCAGAGCGCACCCAGCUGAGGGAAGCUGCUGCCUCACUGAGUGGGUGGCAUGGUGGGCUCAGCCCAGCAUGUGACAUCCUGUCCAGUUGCACAGCCUCAGCCUCCCUUCAGUGGUAACUGAGUCCUGAACUAUUUAAUUGCUUUUCUUCGUAUUCCUUAGACGUGGUGAAACAAUCAGCUAAUAACUGCAAAUAACCACAUGCUGGUUUGCUUCAGUGUAACACA